CUCUUACACAACAGAGGAAUUCAAUCCACCUUUUCCUAUAAAAUUCUAGUAUUAUCAAGAUGAUAAUCCCCAAAUAAUAAAGGCAGAAGUACCGUUCAGUUUACUGUCUUCACUUCUUCAGUUGACUCUGUUUUAGUUCACUAGGGAGAGAGAGAGAGAGAGAGAGAGGACGAAAUGCUUUGCACCAGCAUCUCCAUGCCUAGGCUGUUCAUGCAACCCAGCUUUCGUCCAUAUCCUUCAAUAUCUUCUCCUAUCAUUUCUCUUCCUCUAAGAAGAAACAACACUUUUCCUAUUAGGGUUCCAACUUCCUCAGAAUCCCAAACAAAAACAGAGAUAAAAAGCAAAGCAAACCCAAAGCAGUCCCAAUUUAAGAUUUUUUCGUCGCAGAGCCAAAUAUCAUCAUCAGCAACUACUACUACGGCAACUACGGCAGUAGAGGAAUCGCCGGCAGCUCCAAAGGAUUCUUCUGGUUCGGAUGUGAUUGGGAAAUUUUAUGGGGGAAUCAAUGCCCACGAUCUCGGCUCCGUUGAGGACCUCAUCGCCGAGAACUGCAUUUACGAGGAUCUUAUCUUCCCUCAACCAUUUGUUGGCCGCAAGGCAAUUCUAGAAUUCUUCAACAAGUUCAUUAAUUCCAUCAGCACAGACCUGCAAUUUGUUAUUGAUGACAUAUCCAAUGAAGAUUCAUCAGCAGUUGGGGUUUCAUGGCAUUUGGAAGGGAAGAUCUUUUCCAUUCAGCAAAGGAUGCAGCUUUUACCGUUUGGACAUUGUCAAUGGGAAGAGACAGAUUAUAUAUGGGCGAGACAGUGUGGAACCUGCUAUCAAGCCUGGGGAGGCAGCUUUGGUUUCUAUCAGAGGAGUGACUUGGCUGUUAGAACGGUUUCCAAGGCUCGUGGACCUGUUAUGAGGAUAGUACCUGCACAUUCAAAACUGUACCCUAUAUGUAGGUAUCUUAUAUAUGUAAACCUACGCAAAGUGGGGGUAAGGCCACAUACAUUAUCCCUCCCAGACCUUGCAGUGGCAGGAGCUUCGUGCACUGGGUAAACCCUUUUUUUAUCUUAUAUUUGUAAAGCUGCGAAAGUGGGGUUAAGGUUGCGGACAUGAUUAUCCUCCUCAAACCCUGAAAUGAUGAGAGCCUCAUGCACUGGAUACACCCUUUCUUUAUCUUAUAUUUGUAAAGGUAUGAAGGUCAAGCUCCAUACAGAAGGAGCAUUAUCAAUUAUUUCCUCAGAAUUGUAUAUCAUCAGUUGUGCUUUAUUUUAAAAGUUGUAAUUUUAUUAAGUUUGUAGAGGGGAAAAAAACACAUUAUAAAUGUGUACUUCAUUGUAUAGGAUUGGAUUAUGUAUUGAUUAUACUCAUACUCAAUGUUAGUACUUUCAUUUUAUUUAUUUAA